AUGUUAGACAACAUUAAGGCAGUCAUUUUCGAUCUUGAUGGAACACUUGUUGACUCAAUGAACGUCUGGAAGGAGAUUGACAAUGAGUUAAUUGGAAGCUGCGGUGUUGAAGUUCCGAAAGAUUUCCAGAAGUCAAUUGAAGGAAUGGGAUUCAAAGAAACAAUGCAGUACAUCAUUGACCGCUUUGAUUUUAAGAUGACUGUUGAAGAAAUGUCGGCAGAAGUGAACAGAUUGGCAUUAAUACAAUAUUCUACAAAAAUCCCACUUAAAGAUGGAGCCUACGAUUUCUUAAAGUACCUUCAUGAACAUGAUAUUAAGACAGGCAUCGCAACAAGUAAUGGUAAAGAUAUUCUUCAAUGCUGCUUGGCCCACCACCAAAUCGGACAAUUAUUUGAUGUUACAAAGAUUGCUUGCGAAGUAAAUCGUGGAAAGCCAUUCCCAGACAUUUAUUUAGCUGUUGCAAGUGAACUCGAAGUUAAACCAGAAGAAUGCUUAGUUUUUGAGGAUAUCCCAAACGGAAUUACUGCAGGAAAAUCUGCUGGAAUGAAAGUUUGCGCAAUUUAUGAUAAAUAUUCAGAAGAUAGAACAGAGACAAUCAAGAGUUUGGCCGAUUAUUACUUCACAUCAUUUUCACAAGUUACAUCAAAUCAGUUUGAAGUUCUUUCACAUUAA